AUGAAAACACUAAUUUUAUUGGGUUUACUCCUUGCUCUCUGCAGCAUUGGUAAAGCUAGAGAAAAGAUCACAACACCCCAAGGAUGCUCUGAAUGAUUGAAUCAAGGCAAGAUAGUAUGCUCUGAAGGAUUCUAUGAGCCUACUUCUUACUGCUGUGAUAAAGAUGAAGAAGGAGAGCAAUGCGGCUGGGGAUAUCGUUAUACUUGCUCUGAUAGAGUUCAGAAAUCAGAAGGCUCUCAGUAUUUACUAUGCCCAGCUGUCCAUGAAUGUCAGAUGUUCAUUAACAUUAACAAGGAUUAUCCUAUUGAAGUUAAGAAUACAAUGGAAGAGCUUCCUUACUGCAAGCACACCAUAUCUCAAAGUGGAUUUGACAACUAUACCCUCAGGGUCUUAUCAGCUAAGACUCAUAGAGCCAAAAUCCAUGUGUUUGCUUCUGACUUUAUGUCCGAAGACUUCGAGAGGGUUGGAAAUCUAAAGAAGAUGAAGAUUCCAGUUUCAGGCAGCAAGAAGAUUCAUCUGAUUGUGGAAUCAAAGUCUAGCUUCAUAUGGAACCCAUCAUACAAGUUGAAGCUGAAGCAAGAGACAUAUAGGGAUGUCUCCGAUGAAGAAGAGAUUCUUCCCUCAGAAAAUUUUCAGAGGUAGAAAAUGACAUAAAAGAAGUAUCUUAUUAGCCAAAGUGAUGCAUUUCUCUUAAAAAGAU